GGCCCUGUUGCGCCUAGCAAACGACCGCGUAAGACAACCCUCGAUUCUGGGGACAGUGCUGUGGCAUUUUCUGACACUAUCCUGGAAUGCAUAGAACACUCACCAGCAAGUCAAAUCCAAAAUUCUGGAGCGCAUGGAGGAAUGGACGGAGAUGUUCUCCAGCAACCCGGAUUUUGGUAUCAUGGAGCAGGCAUACGUGAAAUUAAAGACGCAAAGUUAGUACCGCAGACAGAAUUCCUGGAAAGGAUAUGUUUUACUGAUACUCCGCUAGAUCCAAACCUACAGCCCCCGUCGAAGCCUACAAAGCGCGAGAUCACCGAACUCGACCGGCAGAGAGAGGAAGAGGAGUUGCAAAUGGCACUUGCGCUGUCCAUCAAAGACAAAUCUGGUGCGGGACCAUCAGAGGAGUCUCAGGCUCCUGCACCUUCGACCUCAGCGUCAACAAGUCAACCGCAAACCACUACCUCCCAGGCUAUUCCUUCAGGGACGGCAGCAUCAACAGUCUCAAGAGUGAGGGCGCUAUACGACUUCCAGCCUUCUGAACCGGGGGAGCUUCAGUUUAGAAAGGGGGACAUCAUCCUCGUUCUGGAAUCGGUUUAUAAAGAUUGGUGGAAGGGAUCAUUGCGAGGCCAGACGGGGAUUUUCCCAUUGAACUAUGUGGAAAAGCUGCCUGACCCCACGCCGGAAGACUUGCAGCGGGAAGCACAGAUGGAGGCUGAAGUUUUCGGACAGAUCAAGAACGUUGAGAAGCUGUUGACGCUUUUAAGCACGAACAGUUCUGAGCUUAAUGUCCAGGAUAAUGAGGAAAUCACAAACCUCUAUCAUUCUACCCUCGCUAUCCGACCCAAGUUGAUUGAACUGAUUGGAAAAUACUCUCAAAAGAAAGGUAGGCCUGACAGAAUUCCAUUCCAGAGUCAUUGCUAA